AUGUUAGUGCCACAAGACAUGACAGGGGCGCAAUCGCGUCUGCUGUAUCAGCUGAACAAAUUCUACGGAGACAGGGUCCAGGCGAGAAAGAUCGGCAUCGCCAAAACCCUUCGCGAAGUCUGCCGCAUUGUACAGGACGUCCUGAAGGAAGUCGAGGUCCAGGAGCCUCGAUUCGUCAGUUCGCUCUCCGAGACGGGCCACGGCCGCUAUGAAGGCAUUGAUGUCAUCUCACCCACGGAGUUUGAAGUGAUCCUCUACUUAAAUCAGAUGGGGGUAUUCAACUUCGUGGACGACGGUUCGCUUCCUGGGUGCGCCGUCCUCAAAUUGUCCGACGGUAGAAAAAGAUCUAUGUCGCUGUGGGUAGAGUUCAUCACCGCGUCCGGUUACCUAUCAGCGCGAAAGAUUCGAUCUCGCUUCCAAACACUUGUCGCACAGGCGUGUGACAAGUCGGCGUAUCGAGACUGCGUCAAAAUGAUCUCGGACACUACUGAAGUCAAGUUGAGGAUCAGGGAGCGUUAUGUCGUCCAGAUUACACCGGCUUUCAGAUGCGCAGGUCUGUGGCCAAGAUCCGCGACUCAUUGGCCGUUGCCGCAGAUUCCGUGGCCUUCACCGGCAAUCGUGACCGAAGUCAAAGCCGAGGGUUUCGACCUGCUGUCGAAAGAGUGCGUGACGCUACAAGGCAAACAGUCAUCGAUGGAGGGCGACGCUUGGGUUUUGUCGUUUCUCGACGCCGAGAACCGCCUUCUGAAUUCGGGUGGCUGCCGACGGAGAUGUCUAAGCCUGCUCAAAACGCUUAGGGAUAGACAUCUCGACCUACCCGGCAACCCUGUGACGUCCUACCACCUCAAAACCCUGCUGCUUUACGAGUGCGAGAAGCAUCCUAGAGAUCAGGAUUGGGAGGAAACCUGUUUAGGGGACCGAAUCAACGGUAUAUUCCUGCAGCUCAUCUCGUGUCUUCAAUGUCGACGGUGUCCUCACUAUUUUCUGCCGCACUUGGAUCUGUUCAAGGGGAAAUCCGCGUCCGCUCUCGAGAGCGCCGCCAAGCAAACGUGGCGGCUCACGCGGGAACUCCUCACGAAUCCACGAUCUUUGGAAGAACUGUGAAAGGACCUCCUCACAUUGAAGCUCAUUGAAGUCUCCGACCACGACAAGGGAACAAAAUACGCAGAGGGAUAUCCGAAAUGUGGCUAUCGAACGACUUCUCGACGGAGACCGGAGGGAGGAAGCUCCUGAAAGGGCGUGGCCAGCCUCAGCUCGCCGAGGAGACGCUUCAAACCCACCGAGAGAACGU